UUGUACUCCAGGGAAUACACACAACAUAAGGUUACGGAAUACUCCGUACUUUCUGGAUCGAUUGGCUGCCCUACAGGAACAUAGUAAUUCCGACAAGCAGGAUAUCAUCGUGGCCGAACGACGGGAGCUGAGGGAUCAAACAAUUUCAUUUCUUAUUCCACAGGGGCGCGGGUAAUGAUCGUUCUUCAUGACGAACCCCAACCCUUUCAUUGCUUUUACGAAUUAUUCAGGUAAUGACAUAGCCAGGAAAGUGCUGAUUUCCUUUGGUUUGCACGACUGUGGUGAAGGCUGAGCUCGACUACGGCUCGCGGAUAUUGGCUUGUUUCGUUUAUUUCACCAUGGACCAAGAUUCCUCUACACAUUACAAUCCUUCCUCUCGCCCAGUUUUCGGGAUACUUGAAUCGCCCCCUCCUCAUAACCGACAGCCCUCUAUAAAUCAUGGUUCACCAUCUGAUUCGCGCAAACGCCGGCGGCUGAGCAACGCAGCUGUGUCCUCGUCAGUUUCCCAGCCUGUGAACGAGGCGGAAGAAAAUAUCGAUUCGAUUGACCUUACAGAGGCGGACGGGAACCCUGCUCUUUCCAGAGUGUUGGCAAAACAACGAGAAGAUGCUAUCACUGCACAGAUGUCAAAUGAGGAUGAAAGCGGACGUUCGAGAUUGACAUCUUAUAAAUGUCCUGUGUGCAUGGAAACCCCGGUUGAUGCAACGUCCACAGCUUGUGGCCAUCUUUUUUGCCAUAAGUGCAUUAUUGACACCCUAAGAUUCAGUGAAGAGCAGCGAGCAGACCACUCAGGGAAAACUCCUCGAGGAACCUGUCCCGUAUGUCGAAAACCUCUCUCACGGAUGGAUGCGCCGGGUCCAAAAAGGAAUCUUAUUCCACUGCAAAUCAAGCUUACUACGAAGAAGAGAAAUGAAGUGGCAGGACGAGUGGAUAACGCCUGAGCGCUCUGCGCCGCCCACUUAAAAGAUAGCGCUUCAAUUCCGAACCGCAUGGCAAACUAGCGCAGUCCUGACUAAAUCUGUAGCUCAACGGCGUCUCUUUCUUCUGAGGUGUACUUCAGCGAGUUCGUUGAUAUCGAGCGACCGGAAUUGGAAUAAGUGAACCCCCUCGGAUAUAUUUCAGAGGACAUUUCAUAGGACAUGCAUUUUUGCAAGACUUGAAGAAGCAUGAGAUAUACAAGAUCAGGUUUUCGUCGGCUGCAGGCUCUCUCUCUCUCUCUCUCUCUCUCUCUCUCUCUCUCUCUCUCUCU